UGUCAUCAACACGACGCAAAAGCUCGAUAAAAUGAUGCUCAGAACAACAAUGGCUGCUCUGUUUCACCCCACCACCAAGCCGUACUCUUUACCCCUCAAGGCUUUCGUAUCACACUCGCUUCACAAAACCCCAGUGGUUAAUAAUUCGACAAAGCUACCCUCGAGCUGAAAGAACGAUCUUAUCCAUCAACACACCUCAUUCUCUAUCAUCUACACAGUUCCCCAAAUUUCGAACGACACGACUUUGAUUUGGACAACAGUUACUUGUCAUGCUCAAUGCCCAAUUACAAGCGCCCUCUCAAAAUUGCAGUUCUUCUCAGUGGUGGCGUUGAUAACAGUGUCGCUCCUCGCCUCCUCCACGCAUCCGGACACUCGUGCACCGCUUUCUACCUUAAAAUCUGGUUCAAAUUUGAAACCUAUAAUUCCUUUGCUAGUUCUAGUACUGAAUUCGUUCGUAGGAAGAUUUCGAUAACUUUUGGUGAAUGUCCAUGGAAAGAGGAUUUAAAGUACGCAAAAGGUUUUUGCAAUCAGGUUGCUUUCUCACCUUCAUAUUAUCCAUCUCAUUUAUGUUCAAAUUUCGACAAAGUGGUUAGUCACACCCCUCUUGAUGCAUUUUCUCACAAUCAUCAUCAUCAAUUGAACUUAUUGCUUACAAGUUACAAUGUUGCAGGUGCGUUCAUGGAUGCCAUCAGUAACAUGGAUUUUGAGUUUGUUGCUUCUAGACAUUAUGCAAAAGUUAUUCACCACCUUACAGAUGAAACCAAUGAGCUUUUAUUUCUUCAGCUGUCAAAGGAUACGGUGAAGGAUCAGACCUACUUUCUUUCAUGUCUCUCACAAGCUCAGCUUAAAAGACUAGUGCUUCCUCUUGGAUGUAUUCCAAAAGUAAGCUUGCCUGGAAAUUUGAUUUGCCUAACCAAGAAAGAAGGGAUUCACAGGGAAUAUGCUUUCUUGGGAAGGUAUGUUGUUGAGAAAGAUGUAAAAAAUAAUGUGUUUGUUUUAUCAAGAAACUAUUAUUCGGUUGAUAAAAGAAGGCGAUCAUUUCGUGUUGGAUCAUUUAGAUGGAUCGACGGAUCUCCUCCUCACAACUUAAACCACUUAAGAUGCAAGAAGAAAAGAUGGUAUUGGCAUCGUCCAAUACCUGAAGAUGAUCAGGGUCUCGCAACUGGCCCAUUUGCAGCUUUUAUCAACAAGAGCUUUGUGUGGGGUCAGGGUAAUUUUGGAAUCAUGGAUGAUGCUAAGGGUUUCCUGUUUCUGUUUCUGACAAGGCUCGUCAUAUUGCAAAAAAUGGAAGAUAAAUCUAAGCUAGGUCAACCCGUCAAGAUCAAACCAAAACCUUAA